AUGCACCGACUCCAAGGGAUCGCUGUUUCGCCGGGUGUUGCCAUCGGCGAAGCGAUGGUCAUGGACCACGAGGGCUUCCGCAUCCCUCGUCGCUUCGUCGGACGCGACGCGGUCGAGUUCGAGCUGGAACGCUUAGAAAAGGCCAUCGAGGCCUCGGCCGGCGAAAUCGAGCGGAAUCGCGACGCGGUGGCUCGCGAGUUGGGCGACGACUACGCUGCCAUCUUCUCCGCCCACCUGCAAAUGCUUCGCGACCAUCGCCUGCACAGCGAACUGGUCGAGAUGAUCCGCGACCGCCAUUAUUCGCCCGAGUACACUGUUAGCCGCGUGAUGCGCCGCUACGCCAAGGUGUUCCAGGGCUUGGAAAACAGCUAUCUCUCCGAGCGGGUCAACGACAUCUUCGAUCUCGAGCGCCGCUUGCUGCGGAACCUGCUUGGUCGCCGGCGCGAAGAACUGGACGAUGUACGUUCUCCCGUGCUGGUGUUGGCCCACAAUCUCACCCCCAGCGAGACGGCAAAUCUCGAUCGGCAGUUUGUCCAAGGCUUCGUCACCGAAGAAGGUGGUCCCGGUAGCCACACGGCGAUUGUCGCUGGGGCACUGGAAAUUCCGGCCGUGGUUGGAACUGGGCCGUUUCUCACCGACGUCUCCGGCGGCGAUCUAGUGAUCAUCGACGGCGACGAGGGUUUGGUGAUCCUUCAUCCCGACGAAGAGACCAUCGCCCGCUAUCGUCACGAAGCCGAAGAGCACCGCGUGUGGAGUGCCCGGCUGGAAACCCUUCGCGAUCUUCCGGCUGAAACUGCCGACGGCACCCGCAUUCAGUUGAUGGGCAAUAUCGAGUUCCCGCACGAGGUGCAACAUUGCGUCGAGCGUGGUAGCGACGGCGUGGGACUCUAUCGUACAGAGUUCCUGUACCUGGGCACCGAGAUCGAGCCGACCGAAGAGGUGCACUACGAGGCCUACGCCAGCGUGGUGAAGGCCAUGAACGGGAAGCCAGUUGUCAUCCGCACGCUCGACCUGGGGGCCGACAAGAUCGUCCGCAACCUGGGCAUCGGCACCGACCAGUCGAACCCCGCCUUGGGCCUGCGAAGCAUUCGACUGUCCUUGCGCAAUUUACCUGUCUUCCGCACUCAGCUACGGGCCAUCCUCAGAGCCAGCGUGCUGGGCGACGUUCGGGUGAUGUUCCCGCUCGUUUCCACGCUGCUGGAGCUGCGUCAGUCGAAGAUGGUUCUGGCCGACGUGAUGGAGGACCUAGAAGAACGUAACGUGCCAUUCAACCGAGACUUACGUGUCGGCAUGAUGGUCGAGGUACCCUCGGCCGUGAUCAUGAUCGAGCCGUUCGUCGAGGAAAUGGACUUCAUGAGUAUUGGCACGAACGAUCUAAUUCAAUACACCUUGGCCGUCGAUCGUGGCAACAAGGACGUCGCGCCGUUGUAUAAUGCCAGCGACCCAGCCGUGUUGCGUUUGAUCAAUAUGGCGGUCCGUGCGGCCGAGCACGGGGAUAUCCCGGUCAAUGUUUGCGGCCAAAUGAGUGGAAGUCCGACGUACACCAUGUUGCUACUGGGGCUUGGCCUCCGGCAGCUUAGCGUUCGUCCAAGUGCUAUACCCGAAAUCAAGAAAGUGUGUCGCAGCGUUACGAUUCCGCAUUGCGAGGCGGUCGCCAAGCAUGCCAUGACACUCGAAAACGCUCGCGAUGUGAAAAACUAUCUGAAGGAGGACAAGGAACCGAUGGUUCGACACCGAGUUCGUAUUCGUUUCCGAAAAGAGGGUGACCUGCGGCUAAUCAGCCACCGGGACCUGAUGCGCACCUUCGAGCGACUUUUUCGCCGGGCACAACUACCCCUGGCGCAAACCGAAGGCAUGCAUCCGCGCGCGCGACUCCGCUUCCCUUCAGCCCUGGGGCUGGGGAUCAUAGGACUCGACGAGGUUCUGGAGACCGAGUUGACCGAGGCACCCAGUACGGACGAACUGUUGGCGUCGUUGCAAAACCAUGCCCCCCCUGGCUUAGGAAUUUACCGCGUAGACGUCGUGCCGCCCGAUACUGCGAAAGCGGCAAUUCGAAGAGCGACCUACGAAAUGAUGAUUCCAGCCGAUCGCCGCUCAGAAGUAUCACGUCGUGCCACGGAGCUGAUCGCCAGCCCCUCAUGCACCAUUGAACAAACUUCCAAUGGCCGCUCUGUCGAUGUCAGGGCGACCCUCGAAGAACUUGAGAUGGAAGACGACGUGCUGCGAAUGAAGAUUUCCGCCGCGGCAGACGGGGGCAUUUCGCCUCGCAACGUGCUGACAACCCUGGGCAUUGACGAUCUUCCGGAACAAGGGAGCGUUCUGACGCGAUCAUGCGUCGAGCUGCGAUGA